GUGCAUUGCAUUUUUUAUUUAAUUAAAGAUCAAUGUUUGUAUAGUUUGAUUCAAAAAAUUAAAUUGGAAAAAUAGAAUGGAAGGGAGGGAGUAUAAUUUUGGUGUCUGUGUUUGAAUCAAUGGGAACUAAUGAGGAAGAGUGGCCCGUCUAGUUUUUAAAACUACACUAUUUGGAGUACAAACUUUUCUGGCCAGAGGCAGAAACAAUUGGCCAAGAAUGAUGGAAGCUCUACUCGCCCUUCCAUCUUCAUCCGUUUCGCUCCAGCGCAACUCAGCUCGCACUUCUCCGGCUCCUUAUCGCCACCUCAACCACCGAUCUUCCGCCGCCGCCGCAAAACCGGCUCCUAAACUAGAGCCUAGCAACAAGCCUAUUUCUUACAACUCUCGCUCUAAUUUCAGCCCGGACGUCUCGGUGGCUCCUCCUCCUCCUCCUCCGCAUCGACCGCUCACAUCCGCUGCGGAAUUGGAAUUCAUCUCCUCCGGCCACGUAUCUAACCUCAAUCUCUACGCAGACAUUGCUUCUAACCUCGCCCAGGACGGGAAGUUCCAGGAUUUCCUGACAAUGGUGGAAAACGUCGCCUCCUCGGCAAUGGAAGCUGCGGAUUUUUUCCGGCUCCUGAAUGUGAAACACAUUUCUACUGGAAUUGCACGAAGGAUCGAAGAAGGGAGCGUAGGGAGUGUUGUUGAGCUGAUUGGCAGUGUUCAGAAGCUGCAAAUUGAUCCUCGCCUGCUGCUAGUUGAUGCUGCUAGUGACGCCCUUCGGAAGGAGUGUCAGCGAAUUGUGGAACACGGACAGGUAGAAGAAUUUGUUACUUUGAUGGAAACACUCCAAGGGUAUGGUUUGCCAAUUAAAGAAUUCGCGGAGCCCUCGAAAAUCAUAAGGCUUUGUGUAAGAAAAUUAGACCCAGGUGCUGCCAUCAGGUAUGCACGUAUUUUUUCACACGCACAAAUUCUGUUAUGCACAAUAAUUCUUGAAUUUGGGAAGAAAGGUAACUUGGAAUCUGCUCUCACUGUGUUCGAAGCAUCAAAACAGGGGUUGAAUUCUCCUAAUAUGUUUGCAUACCGGGCAAUUAUAGAUGCUUGUGGUCUUUGUGGUGACUACUUAAAGUCUAGAGCCAUAUACAAGGAGUUAAUUUCUCAAGGCGCAACCCCAAAUACGUAUGUUUUCAACAGCCUCAUGAAUGUAAAUGCUUGUGAUUUAAGCUACACGUUGUCUCAGUACAGGAAAAUGAAGGAGUUAUGCAUUACAGCUGAUAUGACAUCCUAUAACAUCCUUCUAAAGUCGUGCUGUCUUGCUGGAAGAGUUGAUCUAGCCAAAAACAUUUAUAAGGACGUGAAAUCUUUGGAAUUGACGGGAGCAUUGAAAUUAGAUGUCUUCACGUACAGCACCUUAAUUAAGGUCUUUGCAGACGCAAAAAUGUGGCAAAUGGCUCUCGAAAUCAAACAAGACAUGAUAUCAGCCGGUGUUACUCCAAAUGUUAUUACAUGGUCAUCAUUGAUCAGUGCAUGUGCUAAUUCAGGCCUUGUAGACCAAGCAAUUCAGUUGUUCAAGGAGAUGCUUCAGGCUGGUUGUAAACCUAGUGCAAAAUGUUGCAACUCUGUCCUUCAUGCUUGUGUUGAAGCAUAUCAGUAUGACAGGGCCUUUCGGCUUUUCAGGUCCUGGAAAGAAAAUAGGCUGCAGGACAAUUAUAAGAGAAAUAUUGACAACAGUAUGAUAGACAACCACAGUCCUGGAAAUUGUGCUAGCUCACAAAACUGCACCUCUGGAUCAAGUCUAGAACUGUUCUAUAUUGAAUUUAUACCCACAACAUCAACUUAUAACACUUUGAUGAAGGCAUGUGGCACUGAUUACCAUCGAGCUAAAGCUUUGAUGGAUGAGAUGAAAACCGCGGGUCUUUCUCCUAACCAUAUAAGCUGGUCCAUUUUGAUUAGCAUAUGUGGAAGCUCCGGAAAUGUACAGGGGGCAAUGCAGAUCUUGAGAUCCAUGCAUGAUGCUGGCAUUCAACCUGAUCUUGGUGUUUAUACCGCAGCUAUCAAGACUAGUGUUGAACACAAAUAUUGGGCGGUUGCUUUUUCGCUGUUAGAUGAAAUGAAGAAAAGUCAGAUAAAGCCUAACAUGGCAAUUUAUAAUGCACUUCUUAGAGCUCGUAGUAGAUAUGGGUCUUUGAAGGAGGUACAACAAUGCCUCACUCUAUAUCAGGAAAUGCGGAAAGCUGGGUACAAACCCGAUGAUCGCUAUCUCAAGCACCUGAUUGAGGAAUGGUGCGAAGGUGUAAUACAGAAUUCCCAUCGUAAGGAGGGCCAACGUGCUUACAAGAAUAGGAUCAGUCAAGGUCCUGAAAGUCUUCUUCUUGAGAAAGUUGCUGAAAACUUGCAGAAGAGUAAUGCUCUAUCCGUUGAUCUUCGGGAACUCUCUAAGAUUGAAGCUCGCUUAGUGGUUCUAGCGGUGCUGAGAAUGAUCAAAGAGGCAUUCAGUCCAGGAGACGUAAUUACAGAUGAUCUGCAGAUCGUACUGGGAGAUGAUCUGCAUGAAAGUGGAGUCAAGGAAACAAUAAUCAAACUCUUGCAGCAUGAUUUGGGUCUUGAGAUUGCUUUGACAGGAUCCGGAACCGAAACUGGCAGAAAUCACAGCAAGAAGAGUUCUGCAAAUGAGGCUUCAAACACGGAGAAAUUACAUUGGGACUCUUCUACAAGGAGGCCUGCAGUUUUGCCAAGGUUGAAGAUAACCAAGGAAUCAUUACACAGAUGGCUUCAGAAGAAUGGAUGCUUUUGAAAGGCUAUCUUCUACGCCUGGUGUGUGAACACCCAACCUGUAAGAUUCUUUCUGUACUUUAUAUAUGUAAAAAGCUCCAUUUCUCUCCCUUUUAGCACCUGAUCAAUGAAUGUACACUGCUUUGUUUAUUUAUGUUGUACGGAGUAUUAUAUAUGUGCACAUUGUUGAAGAAAAUAAAGUUUACCCACAAUC